AAAAGAAGAAGAAGAAAAUUUGAGGGUGCUGGCACAAUUCUGGUACGGGGCUCAAAUAUAUUUUAGAGAAUUCUACUACGACUUCAGGGCAAAAAUGCCCUUUAGGCAUACUACAGGCUAUAAAUAAAACACACUGCUACUUUAGAAAAAAGUUGGAAGUUAACAGAUUAAAACCCAGCAUCAUCAUCAUUAGUUUCGUCAUCGCUUUGAUCACCCUUGUCAUGGUAUGCAAUUUAUGCUAUGCUGUUAUUUGUCAUAUCUCCUAUAUGAUGUAAUACAGCUCAGGGUCUUCUGAUCCAAAUUUCUAGGGUUGAAUGAGUUUUGGGUUGGGCUGUUGCUCUGGAAAUUCUGCCCUCACUGGCCCAAUGAUGGAUGAUUAGCAUUAAUUGUAUGAUUAUUUUCUUAUAGUAGCGAUAUUCCGUUUUGUGUAGUACAAUCUUGGAAAGUCAAUGCUGUACUGCGAAGUACCAGAAAUGGGAGAGAUAUCUAGCUUUUUAUUUUAUCAUAGCCCCUUUCUUCUCCUAUUUGUCCUAGUAACAUUAACUGAUUCAAACCAAAAGAAAAGAGUUUGAUGACCCCAUUCAUGGCCUCUGUUCCUUCCUCCAAAGCUCUCAAGUCAACCUUGCUAAUCACAGCUCUUUUGCUUCUAAAAUUCUCCACAAUCUACGCUCAUGGAGGUGAUGACCAUGGCAACAGCGGUGAUGAAGACUUGCAUGAAAGAGGUUUAAUUUUGGUGAAAAUCUGGUGUCUAAUAAUCCUCUUCGUGAGCACUUUUGCAGGUGGAGUUUCCCCUUACUUCUAUAGAUGGAAUGAGAGCUUUCUUCUGUUGGGCACGCAGUUUGCAGGCGGGGUCUUCCUGGGGACCUCUCUAAUGCAUUUCUUGAGCGACUCCAAUGAGACUUUUGAAGAUCUCACAGCAAAAGCAUACCCUUUUGCCUUCAUGCUAGCAUCAGCGGGUUAUCUUCUCACCAUGUUAGGAGAUUGCAUAGUGAUCUUUGUUACCAAGGGUAGCGAAAGAGAGGCAAAAGUGGAAGCUUCCGAGGAGGGUGCGACAGAGGUGCCUGUGGGUCUCAACCCAGCAUUCUUGCAGACAACAUCUUUUGGGGACACCAUGCUUCUCAUCCUUGCUCUGUGUUUUCACUCAGUUUUUGAGGGCAUUGCCAUCGGGGUUUCAGGUACAAAGGCAGAAGCAUGGAGGAACCUGUGGACAAUAUCAUUGCACAAGAUAUUUGCAGCCAUUGCAAUGGGAAUUGCACUGCUGAGGAUGAUACCCAAGAGGCCAUUUGUGACAACUGCGGCCUAUUCUUUUGCCUUUGCGGUUUCGAGCCCCGUCGGAGUGGGAAUAGGCAUUGCCAUAGAUGCCACAACCCAAGGGAAGGCAGCUGAUUGGAUAUAUGCUAUAUCAAUGGGUCUUGCUUGUGGGGUUUUCAUCUAUGUUGCCAUCAACCAUCUCGUUGCCAAGGGCUUCAAACCACAAACUCAGCUUUAUUUUGACACUCCCUUUUUCAAGUUUCUUGCUGUGCUUGCUGGGGUGGGAGUCAUAGCUGUUGUUAUGAUUUGGGAUUAGUGAACUCAUGAAUUUGGUUUUCCCCACUAUUUGUUUCAUUGUAGCUGGUUUGAAUAUCAAUAACGCCUGUAAACGAUCCUUGUUUGUUGUGAAAUGAAAAAGAGAACAAUAAAAAUGGCUGGUUAAGAGUGAUA